AUGCGACGCGUGCUCAAGGACUCAAGGAAUCCACAAUCGAACUCUGUAUGUGCCCACAGAUUCCGAUUAUGGAUUACCUACGAACAUGAGUACGAUUACCUCAACAACGGCCAUAGCUCUCAGCAAAAGACUGGCGCUAUUAAAGCACCACGCAAUGGACCAUGCUCUGUUGCAGCACAACAGCUGUCGCAGCUGAAGACCCGAGAAGCGCAAAGAUGCCAAGCUUUGUUCUGA